AUGGAACCUCAUGAGACUCAAGCUGUCAGGCGCAAAGGCCAGAUGACGGUAUCUGGCGAAUCCGCCUCAGCCAACCCCUCCCCACCUCUCAAAUCUGGCGCCCUGCCCAAUGGUGGUGCACUCGGCGAGAUGACGCGAGGAUCACAGCCCUCCGCCGUCUCACACUACGCGAGGGUGAGUGGCAUUCGUCUUGCUGGCAGAGACACUCUUUGUCUGCAGCCUAG